AUGAAGCGCGCUUCCGCGCUCGCGGCGCUCGCAUGGGUCUUACUCUUCGCGCUCGCGAUCAACGUCAACGUCGCGCACGCGUUUGACGUCGCCGCGCUCUUCGCUCCAUUCGGUGAAGGACGCGCCGCGACGAGACCAUCGCGCGAUGACGCGAUCACGCGCGAUCGCGACGUCGACGCGCGCGUCGUCGCGCGCGGCCCCGAGAACGCGUCGCCGGCGACCGCGACCGAAAAAAACCACGCCGACGCCACCCCGAGGGCGUCGGGGUCGUGGUCCGCGCCGAGGACGCACGCCAUCUCCCUCGCGCGCGGCGACGCCGCCGCGACGACGGUCGCGCGCUCGGACGCGUCGCCGGACGCGAUCCGGAUCGACACCCCGCGACGGUCGCUUCAAGACGGCGUCGCGACGGUGCCGCCGCCCACCGCCGCCGCCGCGGACGCGGACGCGGGAGCCGCCGCCGCCGCCGCCGCCGCCGCCGCGUGCGCUGACCUCGCGAACGGCGCCCUCAAGUUCAGCGUCACGACGUGGACGUCGCUGCCGUCCGAGGACCUCAUCCGCGUCGGCGCCGUCGACGCGGAGACCUCCGGCGGCGCCGCCGCCGCGAGGGAGAUGUACGUCUCCCUCGUCGUCACGCGCGACGACGCGAACGCCGGAGACGCCGUCGUCUCUUUGCGCGGCGUCACCGUCGCGUUUGAAUUCUCGCGCGUCGUCGUGACGGACGAGAGCACCGGCGCGACGGAGACCGCGGACCCGGACCGAUUCGUGUUCAUGUGCUGGGGCGCGCAGAAGAUGCCGUCGCCGCCAGAUGGCCCGGACGGCGGCCACAGGCCGGUGCCGUGCGACGAGCUCGUCCUCGACUUCGACGCCGUGGGACCGCGCGUGACGUUCGGAGACGUGGAGCUGUCCAAGGGCGAGUUUCUCGUCGGCGGGUACUCGAACUUUCUGUUCUCGUUCAAGGAGCGGACCGCGAUGCCGAUGGAGAACUCCGUGACGUUGCUCGCGCCGUACUGCGACGUGGACGUCCUGGAUCUCCCGCCGUCCGAGCUUCCUCUGCUCGCGCCGACGUUCAUGCUCGGAUGGAACCCGAACAAGCACCUGAAGCUCAGCGCGUGUCCGUCGCUUCUCGACAUGGUCUUUCACAGCGUCAUCCCCGCGGUGGACGAGGACGACACGGCGCUGACCCAGGCCUCCGGCGUCGUCGGGCACCGCUCGUGCGCGACGAUGGACGUCACCGGCGUGACCGUCCCGGUCCCGUACGCGGAGACCGUGGACCCGGCGUCGUUCGAGGUGACCUGCGAGGGCGCGCAGCUCGCGUGGCCGCUCGAGUCUUUUCGCGCGGGCGGCGCGAUGAAGCGGCCCGCGGCGCCGCUGUCGUGCGACGACCUCGACCUCGUCAUGACCGCGGACGGGCUGCGCAUCAGCUUCGUGUACGGAUCUUUGGGUCUGUGCCCCGGGUGCUUCAUCGUCGGCGGGCCCGAUAACGUCAUCGCGAGCUGGAGGACAAUCUCCGGGUCGGACGCGUCCGCGUUUGCGAUCGCGCCGCCGGCGAUGCCCUUUUGCGGGGCCGGGCCGGAUCUCGCUGUUCCCGCGACGGACGGACCGAUCACGCCGUGCAACAGCGAGGAGGACACGCACCUGUACGGCGACGUUCUGAACGGCGGGACGUUCUUGACGUCGUCCAUGGGCGCGUGCUGCCUCGCGUGCCAGGAGAACCCGAGCUGCAACGUGUGGAGCUUUUGCACCGUGGACGACGGCUGCGGGCAAGGCACCGCGCUGUAUUCGUACUCGCAGUGCGUCCUGAAGUACCAAGACCCGGAGCUUCUGUCGCCCGGCCCCGCGCCCGGUGACCGCGGCCCGGACGUCGGAUACACCUCCGGGUCGCUCCCGGACAAGGACGUCGACCCGUUCGUCCCGGACACGAUGGUGGAAGUCAGAGAGGAGGAAGGCCCGACUUGCGCGACGUGUCAGAUCGAAGACGCCGCGAACUACAAAGGCGAUCCUCUGAACGACGGCACGGAGCUCUUAGUCGACUCCGCGGAGGCGUGCUGCAACGUGUGUCACCGCUUCAACGGCUGCAACAGCUUCGUGUACUGCGCGGGCGAGGACGGGUGCUACAGCGACUACUACCUGUACAAGCACCGCGAGUGCUGGCUGAAGUGGCUCGCGCCGGAUUUGUACGAGCAGUUCCCGCCGCCGGCGUGGGCGCGCGGCGACGACGCGAUGAACUGGACGUCCGGUCUCGUGAACCGCACCGCGUGCGCGCCCGGGGCAGAGGUACCGUUACCCGCGCCCGUGGCGUCGCCGCCGCCCGCGCCGCUCGUCACGGAGGCGCCCGCGCCCGCGCCCGCGCCCGCGCCCGCGGAGCCCGAGACGUGUCUCGAGUCCGCGGCUCGCGUCCCCGCGCUGUGUACGGGCGUUUUCCUCGGUCAAGAAGAAGACCUCUCGAUCGAGGACGCGGCUGAGUGCUGCGAGGUGAUCGCGGACAUGAACACGCGGCGGUGUUUCUGCGACGCGGACGUCAUCGACGCGCUGGAGCAGCUCGCGGAUCCGCUCGUGCUCGUGGGAGGGUUCGUGUGCGGCAUCCCCGAGGAUGCAUUCCUCGCGGGAGUCGCGUGCGCGUCGCCGGCGCCGGUCGUCGUCGAACUGCCUUCAUCGCCGCCGCCGCCGCCUCCGGGGCUCCCGCCGCAGCCGGAAGCGCCGGCGGCGUCUCCGCCGCCGCCGGGAGCGCCACCUACGUCGGUCGAGCCGCCGCCUGAGCCGGAGGCGCCUCCGGCUCCGGACGCGCUGUCGCCGCCGCCGCCGCGGGCGCCGCCGGAGCCCGUCGCGGCGUCUCCUCCUCCGUCGCCGGCGCCGCCUCCGCCGGAGCGUCCACCGACGCCGGUUGUCGCGCCGUCGCCGGCGCCGCCUCCGCCGGAGCGUCCACCGACGCCGGUUGUCGCGCCGUCGCCGGCGCCGCCUCCGCCGUCUCCUCCGCCGCCGCAGCCGGCCGAGCCGUCGCCGCCUCCGCCCGGGUCGCCCCCGCGGCCGGACGCGCCGUCGCCGCCGCCGCCGGGACGGCCCCCCGCGCCGGACGCGCCGUCGCCGCCGCCGCCGGGAAGGCCCCCCGCGCCGGAUGCGCCGUCGCCGCCGCCGCCGGGAAGGCCUCCCGCGCCGGAUGCGCCGUCGCCGCCGCCGCCGGGACGGCCUCCCGCGCCGGAUGCGCCGUCGCCGCCUCCUCCUUCUCCUCCCCCGCCGCGGCCGGACGCGCCGUCGCCGCCGCCGCCAGGUCUGCCUCCGCGGCCGGCCGCUCCGUCUCCUCCUCCUCCUGGUCAACCUCCUGCUCCCGCGGCGCCGUCGCCGCCGCCGCCUGGUCAACCUCUCGCGCCGAUUCGCGUCGUGACCCCGGAGCCGCCGUGCCUUCAGCUGUUACGACGGCUCAUGGGCGAGUGCGCGCCGCUGUUGGGCGAAGCCACGAGCGCGACGAUGACGCAAGGGUGCUGCGACGUCAUCCGAGAGAUGAACUCCCCGGAGCUGCGUUGCUUCUGCGACGCGGACGUCCUCGACGAGCUCGGACCCCGGAUUCGGCCAGUGUCGCUCAUGGCGCCGUUCCUGUGCGGUUCCGAGGUGGAGCUCUUCGUCGGCGAGGAGUGCGUGGCGCCGGUUCCCGCGCCGCCGUCGCCGAUCACGCCGCCGCAGCCGGAGGUUCGGUCUCCGCCGCCGCCGGUCGCGCCGCCGCAGCCGGUCGCCGCAUCGCCGCAGCCGGAGGUUCCGUCUCCGCCGCCGCCGGUCGCGCCGCCGCAGCCGGUCGCCGCAUCGCCGCCGCCUCCCGGGGCGCCACCUCGGCCUGCGGCGCCGUCGUCGCCGCCGCCGGAGGCUCCUGAGGCUCCGGCGCCGCCGCCGCCUGAAGCUCCUGAGGCUCCUGAGGCUCCGGCGCCGCCGCCGCCGGAGGCUCCUGAGGCGCCGCCGCCGCCGCCGCCGGAGGCUCCUGAGGCGCCGCCGCCGCCGCCGCCUGAAGCUCCUGAGGCUCCUGAGGCUCCGGCGCCGCCGCCGCCUGAAGCUCCUGAGGCUCCUGAGGCUCCGGCGCCGCCGCCGCCGGAGGCUCCGGUCGCGCCGGUCGUCGCGUCGCCGCUGCCCCCCGCCGCGCCGUCGCCGCCGCCGCCGGGCGAGCCGCCCGCGCCGGUCGCGUCGCCGCCGUCGCCGCCGCCUCCAGGUCAACCUCCGGUCCCGGUCCCGCCGAACGCUUGCCCGCGGAUCCGCCUCCUCGGCCCCGGCGCCGGCCCGGGCCGAAACGAGGUCUUCGUCAACUCCGUCUGGAUCGACCCCGGGGCGACCGCGACGGACGACGAGGACGGCGACCUCACGGACGCGAUCGUCCGCGACGCGUCCGAGCUCGACACGACGACCCCGGGGGUGUACAGGGUCACGUAUACGGUCGCGGACGCGGACGGAUGCGAGGCUUUCGCCGCGCGGUACGUCCGCGUCGUCGCGCUCGUCGCGACGUCGAACGCGUUUUACCUCCGCGACUUGUGCGUCAACCAAGUCUCGGACGUGCGGCAAACGUGCGAGGUCGGGAUGCGGACGACGUCGAACGAGACCCCGAACCCGAGCGCGUUCCCCGCGUGCUGCCUGAUCGUCUCCGAGAUGGACGCCGCCGCGUGCUUCUGCGACGCCGCAGUCGUGAGCAAAGUCAACGCCAACAACGCGACGUUUUUCAACGCGCUCGCGGCGUUUACGCCGAUGGCGUGCGGGUUCACGAUCAAGACCGGGGACGUGUGCACGGACAUGCGCGCGCUGGAGACGUUCAUCACGAACGAGCGCGAGGACUUGUCCGACGAACCGGUCGCGAGCGUGGAGGUUCUGAUCUCCGAAGGCGGCGCGCUGGACGUGAGCUUGCCGUGCGACGAUCAAGUCGAAGCCGCGGCGGCGAUGUGCCAGCGCCUGACGCGCGUCACCCCCGGCCCGGCGCCGCUCGUGACGGAUUACGUGCCGUGUUGCUCCGCCGCCACGGUUCUGAACAUGUCGCGGUGCUUGUGCGAGGACGAGGACGGCGACGGCUCGCGCCUCGCCGUGCGUCCCGAGCGCGAAACGUUCCUCACGCGUCUCAUCGGCUUCGCCCCGCUCGGGUGCGGGUUCUCUCUGACCGAGUCCUGCCCCGCGGUGAACGAACAGCUGUCGCUCCCGCCGCCGCUCGCGAUCGUGACCGAGGUCGAGGGCAUCCCCGCGACGCUGCCGAUUGCUUACACGAACGCGACGACGUGGGAGAUCCUCUGGAGGGACGUCGCCACGCCGAUCGGUGAGGUCGAGUACGACCAAACGCUCGUCACCGUCCCCGUCGGAACGGAGCAGCUGUGGUUCUACGUCACGUGCGACGAGUACCUCGACGACGCCGCGGAGAUCUGCGGCGACGUCCGACACGGCGUGAACGUGUCGACGUACGACGUCACCCGGUGCUGCGCGUUCUUGAAGGCUGCGCACGAUCGCGGCUGCUUCUGCGAAGGCGCCGACGGGCUCGACCGCCUCGGCGAGAUAAACCCCGAUCUCUUCUCCGUCGCCCCCGCCGCGUGCUCGCUUCGCUUGGACGCGCCGCCGGCCCUGGGCGAGGCGAUCUGCGACGCGGACGACGUCGAGGCCGUCACCGAGCUCGAGCUUCAGCGCGCUUCGGGCGGACGCGGCGGGCUCAUCUACGCGACGACGGACGACACCGGCCUCGGGGAGAUUGUCCCGUCGUCCACGGCGUCGUGCCUCCUCUCCGUCGUGAUCGCGGAGGCGUCGUGCAUCCCGCUUCUGGAGAGCAUCGUGGAACCGUUCGAGCUCGACCUGGGCUGGCGCGCGUGCUGCUCUAGGAUCGAGGCCGUGAAUGAUAACCUGUGCUUCUGCGACGGCGCGGUCGAGGCGGCGAUGAACGUCACCGCGCGGCGGGACAUCCACCGCCGGGUGUUAUCCGCGGUUCCCGGGGCGUGCCAGGUCGACCUGACGAUCGGUGAUCAGUGCCCGUCCGCGCGGUUCGACGCCGCGAUCGCGACCGAGGAGGACGUCGUGACCGCGGUGGACGUCACGACGUACGGCACCGUGCCGAACUCGACGAUCGAGGUCGACGCGGAGGUGUACGACGUCAACGAUGCGGUGUCCACGGUCACCGCGUCCGGCGCGGUCGUGAUUUCAAACUUUAGCGGGUUCGACGAAAGCGGGAACUUCACCCCGAGCGCGUCGUUGAUCCCCACCGCGGUUUUAACGCUGCCAGAGCUCGCGAACGACACGGCGAGCGCCGCCGGCGUGGUCAUGGACGGCGAUGGGGUCGUAACGUACGAGAUCGGCGCGUUACCCGGCGUGAUACUCACCGUCGACGGCGGCGAGGUCGGCGUCACGGUUCUGUCCCCCACCGGCGGCGUCACGCGCGUGCACGCGAACGCGACCGACGGCGAGGAGGAAGAACCAGACGCGGAGAUCACCCUCCACGGCGACGAGGGCGCGCUCGAGGCGUCCGUCGGCGACGCGACCGCGUCCACGCCGCUGUCUUCCAGGGACGAAGGCAUCGCCGCGUUCGUCGAGGCGCUGCAAAACAUCGACGCGAGUUUCGACGACGAGGCCGGGGUGUUCACGUUCACGCUCCCGGACGGCACGGUCGUCACCGUGGACGCGUCGACGUUCUUGGACACGAACGCGUCUGUGGAUUCGCUCGCGCCCGCGCCCGCGCCGACGAUCGCGCCCGUCGUCGAUUCUCCCGCGCCCGCGCCCGCGACCGCGCCGGGGCCGUCCACCGCGGUCGCGACGAUUCCAAACGGCCUCUCCAACUUUGGCGUCGUCGUUCGCGACGGCGAAGUCGUCCCCGGGGACUCUCUCGGCGGCGGCGUCUGCGACGCCGCUCGCGGCGUGAAGUCGUUCUUAACCACGAGCCUCGACCCCGGGAUGACGAGCUACUUCGUCAUGGGCGCGGUCUCGUGCUGCGAGAACCGAGUCCUCGACAUUCCCGAGCUCACGAUCCCGAUCCGGUACCGCCCGCGAGGGUCGCCGACGCGGACGUACGCGCCGCCGCUGACGUCCCCCACGGUCGAGUGCCUCGGGUUGAACAUCGUCGGCCGGUUGGGGAACAUCCGCGAGGAGAUUCCGUGCGAGCGAUUCAGCUACGACGUCGUGGACUACGGCGUGCUGGUGCGCGUCACCCCCGUGUCCUUGUGCCAGGAGUGCUCGCUCGUGGGCCGAGGCACCGACGGCGCGCUGUUCAAGCUCACGCACCCGGCGAGGGACACGUUGACCGCGAUGCAGCCGCAAGUGAUGCGGCUGCGUUGCGACCUCGACCACGUCUUGCGACCGACGCCGCGCGACGGCGGCGGCGGCGAGCGGAGGAAGCUCCUGGAGCUACCGACGCCGCGUCCGCCGCACGCGCGCGGGUUGAAGCAGUUCCUCGGCGUUCGGCAGCACAGCAACCCGGGGGAGGUUUCCGACUUCUGGCAGAACCUCGAAGACCGCGUCCGCGGCGGCGAGGACGACGACGAGGGUGCGGUCUUUGACGACGGCGGCGGCGGCGGCAGCGGCAACCGCUUCGACGACUACGAGCCGCCGACGACGCCGGAAGAGAGCAGGUUCGCGCUCGUGGGCGAAGACGGCGCUCCCGCCGCCGGCGGCGGCGGCGGCGGCGCCGCCGCCGACGCCGACGACGACGCCGACGCCGCGCCCACCGCGACCCCUAACCUCCCCGGCGACUCCGCGGCGCUGCCGUCGUCCAUGCAGUCCGCCUCGGACGUCGCGCGCUGCUUCGACGACGUCUUGAAGCUCGCGAACAACGUCCAGUGGUGGAGCCGCGGCGCGGGUCCGCUCGAGCCCGGGCUUCCGAACGAGCCGUACGACGAGUACGUCUUCGCCGGGUCGAUCGAAUCCACGUCGGAUUCCGCGGACGUGAACCUCGACGGGAUCGUCCUCCCGAUCGUGUUCUCGCCGUGGGUGCUCCCGCCCGCGGACGGGUCCUGGCGCGCGGUGUUGGACCCCGCGUCCGAACUCGAAAUCGGCUGCAGCGGCGUCGCGAUCGCGUCCCCGGACGGCGAGUCGUUCCCGGUCGACGCCGACGGCGGCUGCGGCGGCGUGAAGUUCGCGCUGUCCACGUACUCGCCUCCGAACCGGGACCAAGGCGAGGGACAAAACGCGGCGGCGACGCAGGCGUCAUCGCCGCCGAGCGUCCUCCUCCUCGAAGUGCUCUUCGACGGCGUCUUGUGCCCCGGGUGCGAGAUCGUCGGCGCGGGCGUCCAGGGCGAGAUGUUCCGCGUGACGCACCGCGAGGGCGCGUCGCUGGAUUUCGUCGGCCCCACCGUCGGCGCGUUGGAGUGCGCCCCCGGCGGCGCCGUCGGCGACGUCGUCGACGCCGCGGAAGCCGUCCCGGAGACGCUCUCCGCAGGUCCGGGUGCGACCGCGGGAGACGGCGCCGCGCGCGCCGUUAUCGCGCAGGGCGACGACAGAGACACGUCCUCGUGCCUCGGCAGACAGGGGUUGAACCUGAAAGGCGAGCUCUUGAACGACGGGAACGCGCUGAUCAAAGGCGAAGCCGAGGACUGCUGCGAGGACUGCAAAGCGAACGACGCCUGCAACGUGUGGGUGUAUUGCGAAGGCGACUGCGUCGAGUACGCGUACCACUCGUGCUGGCUGAAGCGCGCGGCCGCGGGGUUCGACAUGCAAGAGCCCGACGCGUGGGCCGCGAGCGAAGACACGCCGUGGACGUCGGGGUGGUUUCCCCCGAAGGAGGGCGCGACCGUCCCAGAGUCGGCGGAGACGCCCGCGCCCGCGCCCGCGCCCGCGCCCGCGCCCGCGCCCGCGCCCGCGCCGGUCGCCGCGGAGCCCACGCGCGCGCCGACGAUCCCGUUCCCGUCCCCGGACGAGACAGCGGACACCGUCGCGGCCGCCCCGGAGGAGCCCACUCCGCCGGAUAUCCGCGUCGUCCCCGUGGGCGGCGAGGAAGCGCCGCCGCCGUCGCCCGCGCCCACGCCCGCGGAACCGGUCGCGACGCCGCCGACGACGACGACGCAGACGACGCCGGCGGAGAAUCGCUCGUUCGUCCUCGUCCCCGGUGAGCCGACGCAGAUCCCCGCGAGCACGAUCACGAUCACGCCGAACGGCGAGCUCCUCGUGAACACGUCCGCGCCCGCCGCAGCGCGAGUUCAACCCCCCGCGUCGUCGUCGUCGUCGUCGUCGUCGUCGUCGUCGUUCCCCGGCGUCGACGCGAGGGCGGCGGCGCCGACGUGCGAAGACGCGGACGUCGCCGCGUGCCCGUCCCCGGCGGGCGCGUCGGAUCCGCUCGCCGCGGCGCGCGUCCGCGGAUCGUUCCAGCUCCUGCGCGCGCGCGACGUCGAGACCGGCGGCGCGAGGGACACCAACGCGGGGUCGCUCACGCUCUUGCGACCCGGAGACGAAGUCUUCGAGGUGUUCGUCACCGGGACGCUCAUCAACGCCAACGACGAGGGCGUCUGCCUCGCCGGUUUGGAGAUUCCGUUCGCGUUCCCGACCUCCGUGGUCCCCUCCCCGGGGGCGGCGCCGAUCGACGCGCCCGCGGAGGACUUCGUCGCGACGUGCUACUACGUCGGCGUGCGCUCGCGCGAGGCGUCCGCGGCGCCGGGGACCGCGUCCGCGCGAAGAGGCGCGUUCCUAGACGAUCUCGAGCCCGGCACGGCGCCGAGGGCGUGCGACGAGACCAUCGCGCUGCGGACGACGGCGGACGGCGCGGACGUGGCGUUCGAGGACGACGUCGCGCUGUGCCCCGGAUGCUGGCUCGUCGGCGGCCGCGACGGCGUUUUGUUCUCGUGGAAGCACAAAGACGGGCUCGCGAUGUCCGUGCGCGCGGGGGAGAGGCUCGGGUUCGAGCGCGCGCGGUGCGCGGCGGUCGAGUGA